AUGGAAAGCCAAGACAGCAUCGAUUUGGUGAAGUUACAACGCGACGCGUUGGGGCUACAUCAAUUUCAUUCGAGCCUCUCGCAGUCUGCCAAAAAUAUCAACCACGACGCUCUUUGUCCUACACACGAAGUUAACAGCCUUUCCAACGACAUAUCCAACGGUCAUCUCCCUCCGAAAUCAUCAGACCCCGGACAACCGAGUAAAAGUCGCCACCCUCGGUUUCGAUCUCGGCAGCAUGAGGCACGCCCCAUGAUGUCCAACAAUACUGGCAAUGAACUGGCAAUGGGUCCAGGCUCGCAAUUCGGUAACAUGAGCUCCGCAGACGUUGCUCCGGGGGACACACAGGUCGUUUCACAGUCGGUAUACGACAGUAUGAUUCGGCAAAAUGAGGAGUCGAUGCACCAGGACUUUUUACAAACAGGGGCCGACGGAGCAACAUUGAGGACUCUGUAUGAGGGUGAUAGCGGGCAUAUCGAUCUCAUAUCGGAACUGGACGCACACCAUGGACCGACCUUUUCCCAAGACUACGACAACGAGGUCGCAAGUACAUCCGAACCGAACCAGUCUUCUCCGAUGGCAUUCGCACCCGAUCUUUUUCCCGAAUCGCAACGUUUCCUGGCAGAAACACCUGGGACGGUGGUGAAGAGCAAUGGGCCGAAGGGCAUGAUAACCGAGACUCCCAGUAUCUCGCGGAAUCCACUGGCCGGGGAUAUCGGGUCGAGUGGUGGCCUUCUCGGUCUGAGCCAGGUAUUCGGAGCCACCCAGGCUCCGUCGUCUCCCAUAGUUCAUGGCCUGCAAUCUGAGCUGGCAUCUGAUCGCCCGUCGCCUAAUAUCCCCAUUCAACGGGCCCGUUUCAUGACUGGUGUUUCCUCCCCUCUGGUCGGGUUGCCGGGCCAUUUCAUGAGAGACUCAUCGGAACCGAACUUGAACUAUAUAUCGAUGAAAGAGUCUCAGACGAGGCGUGACCUUACUCUGGGUGAGAGGUUGACUCGGUCGGCAGAUGACCUCCACUCAGAUCAGAGUGACAAGGAAUUCUACAAAGAGUCAAGCUUUGUAAAACGUGCGCGGCGGCAGCGGGAUAUCGAUGAGGAAACUGCGGCCCAGUUAAAUGGGCUGAGUGCUCCUGCUAGAUCUACAUCCGCCAGACCACAGACUUCCCCCGAGCAGCCGAUUGAACCAGAUCAAGCAAUGGCGGAGGCUGUUGCUAGCGAGGAGGAAACAGAGCAAGAGGAAGAUAUUGUUGUACAAGUACCAAGGUCACAAGACGCCCCUCAAUCCUCAAUGGAAGAGGACAAAGAGAACUACGAUGGCCCUCUGGAUGCUGCUGCCGCCGCCAGUGCUCACGACCGACUUUCCCAGGCACUUGGGUUUCAACCAAUCGCUUCUCCAUCUCGCGGAUGCUAUGAUGGGGAAGUUGAUGAUGAAACAGACGGCCCAGUUUACCUCGCCUCCCAUACUGGUGAACAGCCCAACGGUGCGGUGCGCUCUUCUCAGAUGAUGGUGAAAGACUCCCAACCGUCCCCUCAAUCGACGCCGAAACGCAUCGAUCGCAAAUAUAUUGAGCCUAUCUGCCAAACCCCUUCGCCUUCCCGCUCGCGCAUUCAAUCUCCUGCAAGAGAACGUCUGCGAUCUUCACCUCCCUUCUCUCGACCAACAUCAAGACAUUCGAACACUCAGAGAAAUGGCACCGCGUCAAUUGCACAAACCACGGAACCCGGUAAGAGUGUAUGCCUCAUUGAAGCCGAACAAAUACCUCCCGGCAACCCACCAGAGCAACGUGAUGUAGAGGCAUCGCGAUCCAGAGCGGAAGCAGAAACUGGAGGAAACUCAUCGUCGAUGCCAUUCGAUGUAGUCCAGACACCUGUUCAUCAGCGCCUACAGCAUAUUGGAGACAUGGCUCGAUUGCCUAGUGUCCAAGAGACAAGCCCCAGUCAUUCUCAUUUCAACUCUGAGACUGGGUCCAAUGGGCUGGGCAAUGAAGAUGACGACCUUCCGCCCAUGUUCAAUGGGGCGCCAAGUAACCGAAGCAAUAACAUCCGACCUAGUGGGCCGAGGGCACUUUCUUCCCCUCUUAAAAAGCUGCUGUCCAGCCCGGGAGGAAGCCAGCGUAGAGCUUUGACCGAGAUUGCCGCAGAUCUUUCGCCGCAGGUCGGAACUGGUGGCUUUGAUCUAGGAAUUGGAGUGUUCAUAACGGAGGAUCAAGAGUUCAAUGCCUUGAUGGAUGGAUCGCCAACCCGUCCGAGGAAGAGGCGGCGCGGUAAUAAUAGCUCAAGUUAUAUUGCCUCUGAUCCUAUCAUACCUGUCACCCCUCGCGCUCAACCACCUAAAUCUGUUACGCCGUUCCAUUCAUCGCAAUUUCGGCCCGCUCCUAUCCCAGAGGAGUCGGAUGCUGCGGCUUUCUUGCAAGUCCCUGAAACAAUAAUUCGGAGGCAACAAAAGCCUCCGCGGCGAGCUACCGAAAAUGUCUGGGAAAUCGAAGGUUCACCCGAGCAGCCAGUUCGCCGGAGAUCAAGAAUCGGCAAACAGGCUACAUCACGGCCGUUGCAAAAGAACCAUAUUCCUGAAACGAGCUCCGGACUUAUAGAAAAACCACAACCUUCGCCUAAAGUUGUGAUUCCCAAACCUCCGUCGGCUCCAUCCUCUGAAGUCGCCGAUGUAUCACCAAUUAUUGCAUCUGAUGAUAUUCUCGAGUCAGGGGCAAACACCACCGAAGAUCCUCCUACUACACCCCGACAAACACACACAUUAUCGGAAGACACUGCUCAAAUCGCUCCAAGCCAAGUACUUGCCGUUUGGAUGGGCCAAAAACGUGCAUACUACCCAGCAACAUGCUUUGGAACACCCUUGGGAGUACCAAAGGACAAAUACUCUGUCAAAUUCGAGGAUAGUCUUCAUCUCGAGGUGACAAAAGGCGCAGUGAAGAGAUUCGAGCUUCGGCUCGGAGACGGUGUCAAAAUUGAUAUGCCCAAUGUUCCCAAGGUUACCCACGUUGUUCGCGGCUUCGAUGACAGGUUGACCCGAGAGGAGCUUGCCAAAGCAGCUGACGAUGGUCUUUAUCCUAUCACUGACAUCUAUGGUCACUCUACUGUCAUAGUCGGCCCCAAGCAACGCAAGAGCUUGCCAAAUGGCGGCCUGAACAACAGUGAAAACGUGAUCAAGGUGCCUCUUGCUCGUAUCUAUCUCGACACUAUAUUGUGGAAUCAGCUGAAAGACCGGGCAUUCACACCUCGCCCGGCACCUGUUCAGCAAGAGAGCACGGUACAUACCCCCUCUGAGAAGUCAUCUGCGCCUGUAUCCCCCAGUGCUCGUUUCUCUCGAAGCAUUCACCAAGCAAACGGCAUGUUUUCCGGCAUGGUAUUUGCAGUCUCUUACGGAGACGACGAAACAACCAAAAGUCGCAUCUCGAAGCUGAUCGUGGAGAAUGGUGGUACCAUAUUACAUGAAGGAUUUACUGAGCUGUUCGAAUCUUCAUCGAUUGUCCCCUUUGAUACCCCCACCAAAACCAACGCCAAGGACGCAGACCCCAAUAGCAAAGGCCUGCAACUCACACCCCUCGCCGAGGAUGUAGGCUUCGCCUGUUUGAUCGCCGAGACCCAUUCCCGGCGCGAGAAAUACAUGCAAGCCCUCGCCCUCAAUCUCCCAUGUCUAUCAGGACGCUGGGUAGACGACUGCGUCACCAAAGGCCGCGUCCUAGACUGGGACAUCUACCUCCUCCCAGCCGGCGAAUCAACAUACCUCAACGGCGCGACAAAAUCCCGCCUCAUGCUCCCAACACCCCCAUCCACAGCCCGCCUCUCCGAGACCAUCUCAGCACGCCCAAAACUCCUCGCAGGCCAUUCCGUCCUCCUCGUCAUGGGCCGCGGCAAAGCCGAAGAAAAGCGCAAAGCUUACAUCUUCCUCACCUAUGCCCUGGGAGCGUCCCGCGUCGAGCGCGUUCCCGAUCUCGGUACCGCAAGGGCUUUGAUAGACUCCCAAUCUGAUGCUGGCGUGCCCACUAGCUGGGAUUGGAUCUAUGUUGAUGAUGCGGAUCAGGCGGCCGCGAAGUCCAUGCUCACGCCUAGAGCUAGGACGCAGCGGAUUCAUUUGUUUCAUGGAAAAAAGAGGAAGAGGUCGAUUGCUUCGUCUACGCCCACGCCACCUGGCGAGCUUAAGUGUUCUGCUAGGGUUGUGGGGAAUGAAUUUGUUUGUCAAAGUUUGAUUCUGGGUAGUUUGUAUGAGGAGUGA